UUAGCCGUGUUACGUACUUACGGCUAUAACAGGAUGUCGAGUGGUAGAUUAGAACUUUUCACUUUUGGGUUUGGGUGACACGAACCUCUUAACGAUCUCGUGUUGCGAUAAUGAGAUCAAUAAGCCUUUUCCUGUGCCUUACAAUUCCGGAGCGAAACUGAGGAAUGUAUUUGUACAAAUGGAAUUGUUUACAUAAUGUGAUUUGACAGAAGGUAUCAAUCAAAUUCCCAAGGAUACUCGUUGCUUUAAAAUUACAGCGAGUAAUCUGUUUCUGGGAGAUUUACGAUUUGCGUAACAGUUGAUUUUUAACUGAGUGUGAAGAUACAGUCAGUCUGUAGAGGAAGAAAAGAAAAGAAAUCUUACAAAAUUUAUGCAAAUUUAAAGACAAUACAGUACAAUACAUUGAAAAGAAAACAUGAAUGAAAUUAAGGAUAACACAGUACGAGUGGUGUUUAUAUCCUUGCUGCUGGAUCUCCUAGCAUUUACGAUGAUACUGCCACUACUGCCAGCUCUAUUGGACCAUUAUAAAGACAUGGAAAAGGGACAUGGAUUGUACUCCAGUAUUUUUAACUACAUGAAGAGCAUACAAAUAUUCUUUGAUGCACCAGACAAAGUUAGCACUGUUCUUUACGGAGGUUUCCUAGGUUCUAUGUAUUCCUUUUUACAAUUCUUAGGAUCACCAAUCAUAGGAGCAUUAUCAGAUAUUUAUGGACGAAAACCUAUGAUGUUACUUUGUUUGAUGGGCAUUUCACUCUCUUACCUCUUAUGGGCUUUGUCUACAAAUUUUGGUAUAUUUGUAUUAGCUAGAUUUGUAGGUGGUAUCAAUAAAGGAAACAUCAGUCUGUCAAUGGCUAUUAUAAGUGAUGUUACAUCUCCGAAAACCAGAGGAAAAGCAAUGGCACUUGUGGGGAUAGCAUUCUCCAUCGGUUUUGUUGUGGGACCAAUGAUAGGAGCGUUUUUUGCGUGGCUUUAUAGUGGUAAUAAGGAAGGCACGUGGUACGCGAUACCAGCUCUAUUUGCGCUGUUCCUUGCCUUAAGUGAUUUAUUUUUUGUCACUUGUUAUCUGAAAGAGAGUCUACCAUUAAAAUACAGAGCGGUCACUUUAGCGAAAGGAUUAUCCGGGGCAAUUUCCUACAUCAAUCCUAUUGAUCUCUUCCAAUUUAAUGGAGUAUUGAACUUGAGUCGGCAAGAUCAACAAGAUUUGAAGAUAUUGGGUCGAGCAUAUUUUAUAUACCUUUUUAUAUAUAGCGGUUUGGAGUUUACUCUGACGUUUUUGACGCAUCAUACAUUUGGCUUUACCAGUAUGCAGCAGGGUUGGAUGUUUCUUGGGAUCGGACUGAUCAUGGCAGUUUUACAGGGCGGUUGGGUGCGUCAUAUACCCCCAAAUAAAACAAAAACUAUCAGCGAGCUGGGUUUGUGGUUAAUAAUUCCUGCAUUUAUAUGUAUCGGUGUUGCUACCAGUGUACAGAUGUUGUGCAUCGGGAUUUUUCUUUUUGCAGUUUCCACCGCGAUGGUUGUCACUUGUGUGAUGACUCUGGUAACGCGCAUUGGGCCCGAGCAUCAAAAGGGUGUAAUUACUGGAAUAUUUCGUUCUCUAGGUGCAUUGGCUCGCGCUUGCGGACCUAUUAUCGCCUCUUCAGCAUUUUGGUGCAUUGGAAGUGCUACAACGUAUCUAAUUGGGGCUCUGCUACUCACGCUACCGCCUCUGAUUUUGCACAGCAUGCGUACUUUGUAAUACUUGGCAGUGCCAGAAACGUUAUGCCGUCCUCUGCCUUUCUUAAUUUUAAAAAUUAUACCGUGAACAGUAACUUAUAUUUUUUUUAUAUACAUAUACUGUUUUAUAGCAAUUUUUAAGAGAAAUGAUUAAAUACUCUAUACAUUAUGUUGGAUAUCUUGGAUAUAUUUGAUAUAUAUAUAAUAUUAUGUUUUAUAUAAAUUAUAUAUAUAUUUAUAAUUUGUGAUAUACAUAUAACAAAACAUGUUACAGAACAAUAUAUACAUUUAUAUGUUAUACAUAUGCAUAUGUAUAAUCUUAUCUACAAUUGUAAAACUUUGAAAUUACUCUAAUGUUUUAAUAGAUUAAACAUUUUGAUAUUACAUAUUUUUUAAA